AACGUGCCAUUAGUCUUCCGUUUUGCCAGCUUAAGCCUUUUAUGCCCUUGCAGCGCUGUUUGUGAUGUUAGACGUUAAAUGUGUUGCCAAUUUUUGAAGCUAUAUAAAUAACCGUGCCCGGCGGGCCAUCAAAGACACAUCUGAGCUGCUCGUGAGGAUACAGAAAGUUUGCAGUUACACGGCGACGCCCCACAGACACUGGCGUUUUGGUGGAAGCGGAAACAUGGCGUUCUUGCAAGGAGUCGUACUGAUGGUUUCUCUCACGUUCGGGCUAGCGUCAGCAAUACCUGCAAAAUGCCACAUUCCCGAUGAGGACUGGCAGGUUCUGACGGAGCAAUUCCUGGCUAAGAUGCAAAGCGAGUACAUAUUUCCUAGAGGGUCAAACAACUCGUCCAAAAACAACGAAGUACUCCCCGGCGUCACCACUGGUGAGACGACAUUAACCGGCCUGUCCCACCUGGAGCGCUACGGCACCGUGCGCGUGUACUGCAAGAAUGGCAAGCCUCGCGUGGACGUUAGCCUGGUUGCCCGGGCGCCGCUGAAGAUGUCGAUGCCUUGGAAGUACUGCGGCGGCAAGUCCGGCGUCGUCACCACACUUGCGAAACACGUCAAGGUCGGCAUCGGCUUCGAGGUGGACGAAGUCGGGAACAACGUGACACUCCGUCCGGUCUGGGUCUCACCGAAGUGGAUCGAAACCAUGGAUGUGCAGCUUGAAGGUGCGGGAGACGUCAUCAAGACGGCUGCGUCAAUCAUGGGAAAGCUAAUGCCGGCGUUUGUCAAGGAUUUCUGGAUCGAGAAUCUGCCCUGGAGGAUCCACAAGGUCCUCGAGCAGAUUAGGAAGUGAUGGGACAGGUGGUGUUCCGGUAUGUAGACAUGCACUGACAACCCAUUUGACCCAUUUCAACUUGGCCGCUAUCA